CUUGCUAACUAGGUAAAACAACAAUGUGAAUCUUGCAAAUUAAUUACAUCGACGGGCCGACAUACUAUCUUUCUUUAUCCUGUCCAGCGUCACAUCUGUUUUGUUCACAGCAUCCUCUUGGACAGGAAUAAUUGUACCGUUCACCAUGAAUGUGAACCAAGGAACAGUUGGGAGCGACCCGGUGAUCCUCGCCACCGCUGGAUAUGACCACACUGUACGGUUCUGGCAAGCGCACAGCGGUAUUUGCACAAGAACAGUUCAGCACCAAGACUCUCAGGUAAAUUCCCUUGAAGUUACACCCGAUCGAAGCAUGAUUGCAGCUGCUGGUUAUCAGCACAUACGCAUGUAUGAUCUAAAUUCAAACAAUCCAAACCCUGUUAUUAAUUAUGAUGGGGUUAGCAAAAAUAUUACAUCAGUUGGUUUCCAUGAGGAUGGCCGAUGGAUGUAUACUGGAGGGGAAGACUGUAUGGCUCGCAUUUGGGACCUGAGAUCCAGGAAUCUACAGUGUCAGAGAAUCUUUCAAGUCAAUGCCCCCAUUAAUUGCGUGUGCUUACAUCCAAAUCAGGCUGAACUGAUUGUUGGGGACCAAAGUGGUGUAAUCCACAUCUGGGAUCUGAAAACAGACCAUAAUGAACAGCUGAUCCCAGAGCCAGAAGUGUCCAUCAACUCGGUUCACAUUGAUCCUGAUGCUAGCUAUAUGGCUGCCGUCAAUAGCUCGGGCAACUGUUAUGUGUGGAAUUUGGCUGGAGGAAUGGGUGAUGAAGUGACACAACUUAUUCCCAAGACCAAGAUCCCGGCACACAAACGCUACUCUUUACGCUGCAAAUUCAGCCCUGAUUCAACACUGCUGGCCACUUGCUCUGCUGACCAGACCUGCAAGAUCUGGAGGACCUCUAAUUUCUCUCUGAUGACGGAACUGAGCAUCAAGAGUAAUAAUCCCGGCGAGACGUCUCGAGGCUGGAUGUGGGACUGUGCCUUCUCCGGAGACUCUCAGUACAUCGUGACAGCGUCUUCAGAUAAUCUUGCUCGACUGUGGUGUGUUGAAACAGGAGAGAUUAAAAGAGAGUACAGCGGUCAUCAGAAGGCUGUUGUGUGUCUGGCCUUCAAUGACAGUGUGUUGGGUUAAAACACAAACACUGUUCACCUCAUGGACCAUUCUCUGCCAUACCAGCUGUCCUGCCUACCAUAACCACCAGGGCAAGACCUUGUGUGACACAACCACGUAUGAUACCUUGUCACUGUUUCAUAUUUAUGGGAUUCUGAUAAUACAUGUGAUAUGUCAAUGCAGAAUUAUUUGCAUCUAUGCUAAUCAGAAGUGUAAAGAUUUCAAAGAUCCAUGCUUGGGUGUUUUCCACAAAACUGUACAUGACCCAAGACUCAUCCUCCAAAAUCACAGUACUUGUUUUCAACCCUUAUAACUGUUUUUUUUUUUAAUGUACAUAAAA